CCACGAAUGAACCAUCUCUCAAGAACUACGACCCGCACUAUCACCAGCCGAGCUUCUAACCACAUCAAGUCAAAAAUGAUGCGCAUUGUGAUCGUCGGUGGUGGCCAGGCAGGUAUCAACUGCGCCCAGAAUCUAGCCAAGACACUGACCGAGGCGGACAACACGGAGGUCGUGGUGCUGGAAAAGAGCGGGCAUUUCUACCACACACUGGGUGCAGCUCGAGCCUGCGUCGAUCUCGACUAUGCCAAGAACAUGUUCGUCCCGUACGACAAUGCCAUUCCAAAGACUUCGUCCGGUUUUGUCCGUAUCGAGCACGCUGUUGCAACCGGAAUCUCGCCUGACAAGAAAGAGGUCUCGUUCCAGACCAUCAGUGCUGAUGAUAAGAAGAGUGCUAAAACGGAAAAGCUGAAUUUCGACUAUCUUGUGUUGGCCACCGGCAGUACGUACACAGUUCCGAUCAAGCAGGAUUCGAAAGACUACCGGCGCGAGACUACGGAGGCCAAACUGCAGGAAGUUCGUUCCGAGAUUGAGAAGGCAGGCAAGAUCCUGAUCGUAGGAGGCGGGGCUGUUGGCUGUGAAAUGGCCGGUCAGAUCAAGGCGAAAUACCCAGAGAAAAACGUGACGAUCCUCGAGGCACACAGCGAGCUCAUUUCCCGCAAUAAGCUGUCGGACAAUUUCUACUCCAAGCUGCAUGCUGCACUGGAUGCGAUGAAAGUGAACGUUAUCCUUGGGGAGCGUCUCACAGAGCGCCUUCAGGGCAACUCGUUCGAGAAACGCACACUUCGGACUGACAAGGGCACAGAGAUUGAGUCUGACAUCCAGCUCCUGUGCGGCGGAUUCCACCCCGUGUCCGAGCUGGUACAAGAUAUGGACCCGUCACUGAUCACGGAACAGGGCUCGAUUAAGGUCAAUGAGUUGCUCCAGCUGGACAAUGACAAGUACUCGAACAUCUUUGCACUUGGCGAUAGCAGCAACCACGAGACACCCAAGAUGGCGUUCUGGGCUGCUGACCAGGGCAAGUUCCUCGCUGCACAACUUGCAGCCGUCGUGCAAAAGAAGCAGGACGGCUUCAACAAGCCGUACCCCAAGGUCUCAACGGAGGCGGUGAUUCUUCCUGUAGGCACCGGAGGUGUCUCUCAGCUUCCUAUCUGGGGUGGCGUCGUGGUCGGUGACUGGGUCACCUGGAUGAUCAAGGCGAAAGACUUCAUGGCCGGCCGCACCUGGGGCAGCCUCGGCGCCACGCCACCCAAGUGAAGGUAGCAUGAAUGACGAGCGAGUCGCUGCUACUGUCUCGAUUCUGAUCACAGAAGAACGCAGAUGCAUGUACUAGCAAAACGCUUCAUUAGACGAGUCAACCUCACAUCGUGAUGAAUACAUUUACUCUUUUCCAAGUU